AUGAGAAAUAGAUAGCAAUUUGGACAAUCAUUCAAAAUGAAUGCAUAGAUCCCAAAAAUAGAUAAGACUCCAGUCAAAAGAAGGAGUUGUGAAUGUUAAGAAUGUGGUUUAGUAAACAAAAAAAUGAAAUAUAUUGGAUAUAUUAUCUAAUAAUUUUAACCCUAUUUCAACGUAGCUCAUAAAUUGUUUGAAAAUGAAAGAAAGAAUGAUGAAAAGUAAACUAAAAUCCAACAACAGAAAUAGUUGAGAUUGAGAAAUAAAAGACAUAAUCAUAAUAAAGAUAUGCUCAAAAGAGCAGUCAAUGUUAUAACAUUAUAAGAGACAUUUGCAAAUAAUAGAAAAAAAAAUGUAGAACUACCUCCUAUCAAUAUGUGUUCUUUAAAAGAAAUUAGAAAUAAUUAAUCCAGUAAUUUGCUUUAAAUUGUACCUCAAAGAAAAAUGUGGGAUAAACGAUAGACUACAAUAAAGUUUCAAUACUAAUCAAAUGCUACACACAAUCAGAAAUGCUAAUUGCCUGCUACUCCAUUAGAAUCUCAUCUCGUUUUUAAAAUUAACAAAGUCAUCUACUAAUCAUUUAAUUUAAGACAUCAGUAAGGAACUCUUGAUGAUUUUCAGUUUAAAUUAAGAAUCAAUAUUUUUGAUGAAAAAACAGAACCAUAGCCAAUUAAGCAUCAAUUAAUCAUUCCACCUAUUAGACAAGAAGAAGACUAUGAUGAAGAAGAGUCUAUGGUUGAAUCUGUUCAAUAGAUGCCUAUUAAACAGAAGCCUAACAGAGAAGAAUAAUAUAAAUAAAUCUUGAAAUAUAAUAAAAGAAGCUUCGCUAAUUUAAUUGAAUAGGCCUAACUUACUGAGAGGAAAGCUAUCCAAAAUUUAAUUAAAACCAAUAAUAGUCAUAAAAUAUUACCACUAAUGCUUGAUUAAUAACCUUUACCAAUCUAUAUGAUCCAUAGUAAUUAUUUGGAUGCUCAAAAGACAUUCAGAAGUAAUAGGCAUAUUAAACUAGAUAAGUUAUAGCCAGCAACUGUGAAAUCAUAAAGUCAACAUGUUUAGAUAAUAAAUAAACACAAAAAGAACCUAACAGCUGGGUCUGUAUUAUUAAGAUUAUGA